AUGAACUCUCCUCACUGCACUCCUCACUGGUCUCCUCAGUGGACUGCUGGGGGACUGGAACCCUCCAUGAACUCAUAUCUAAAUCCAAACCUCCACCAAGACGUGGGAAUGUACACACAGGAGCUGGCUGUGACCGUUCCUAAGCCUGUGCACGUAAGGAAGGGGAUUUUUUCUGAGCUGCACAGUAAAGUUUCAGAAGCUGGCAUCCCCGUCACUGCAACACAUUUUGACCUUCAGCAGGAAAUGCUCUGGAUGGGAAACUACACGGGUCAUGUAAAAUCCUUCCUUGGAUCUACGAUGGCACGCUACUCUUCUUUCCAAGUGCACGCAACUGAUGCCAUCAGACACAUGCAGAGUUUGGACACAGGCAUGCUGUUCCUUUCUGAAUGCAACCUCAGAGGUUACACUCGUGGAGGCCUUCACAUGUUUGAUUAUCAGAUGGAAGAAGGAGCUGAUAUGCACAGUCUCCUCAUGACUGAUAACAUGCUGCUCAUGGGGGGAUUACAAAACUAUGUGGUUGAAGUUGACAUGAAUACACUUCAAGAAACUCAAAAAUUCACAGUGGAGGCACCUGGAGUGACAAUAAUGCGUCAGACCAAUCGUUUCUUCUGCUUUGGGCACCCUUCUGGCAAAGUGACCCUUCGAGACUUGCGCACAUUUAGGACACAAAAGUUUGACGCAUUUCCUGGCGGCCUGUCAGACUUUGAUGUUCACGGAAACCUUUUGGCUGUGAGUGGGUUCUCCAGCCGAGGGCUGAAUGAACGUUUCCUCAUGGUGUAUGACCUCCGCAUGAUGCGAGCUGCAACCCCUCUUUGGGUCCCUGCAAAUAAAGAAGGAACACCUGGUUAUUACAACCACGUCCCUGAAUCUCCAACAGAGAGUGAUGAAGAGCUGCUCCUUCACACUGUUCCAGAAAAGUACAGAAAGGUGACAAUUAAAUACUCUAAACGUGGACGGGAAGAUUUUGACUUCAAACAUUACAACAGGACGUUGUUUGCUGGCCUGGAGCCGCAGAUUCCCAACGCCUACUGUAACUGCAUGAUCCAGGUGUUAUACUUCCUGGAGCCAGUUCGCUGCCUUGUUCAGAAUCAUUUGUGCCACAAGGAGUUUUGUUUGGCUUGUGAACUCGGCUUCCUCUUCCACAUGUUGGAUUUGUCACAAGGAGAUCCAUGUCAGGCCAGCAACUUCCUCAGAGCACUUCGAAACAUCCCUGAAGCCAAAGAGAUGGGCCUGGUCCUCUCAAACUGUGAGGAGACGACAGGAACAGUCGAGCUAGGUCGCUUAAUCCAGAGAUGGGAUCACUUCAUCCUCUACCAGCUCUUCCAGGAGACACAGGAGCAGGAGGAUCCACGGGCCUACAGGACGACCAGGAGCAGUUCUCUGGGCUCCUCUGGCGACUCUGUCAUUAGAGAGCUGUUUUGUUCUGAAGUUGAGAACCGCAGCCUGUGUCUCUGUGGCAUAGAAACAGUCCACUCCUCCCUCGUGUCGCUGUUCAACAUGCAUUACCCCGACACUCAAGGAAAAAGAAUAAAGGAGCACGACUUUGCUGAGAUCCUGAAGAAAAGCAUCUGCUUGCAGCAGAGAUCUCACACAUGGUGUGGAAACUGUGACAAGUAUCAGCCCACAGUGCAGACACGCAACAUUCGACGUCUCCCAGAUGUUUUGGUGAUAAACUGUGAGGUGAACAGCAGCAAAGAGGCCGAAUUCUGGAAGGUUCAGGCCGAGUACGCCUUCAACAAAUCCAUGCAGAAGACAGAUCAGGAUCAGCGUCACAUGUGGAUCCCCGCCACUCUCAAGAUGUCCCUCAGCAAAAGUCAGAGACUGGAGAUCAGCAGCUGGCCUGAGGGCGAGGAGUUAAGUGCUGCUGAAGAGGCGGAGGGAGCUUCUCUGUAUGACUUGGUGGUCACGGUGCCGCACAUCCUGGACGCUGGCACGGGUGGUAAUCUGGUCGCACACAUCAAAGUGGGUGAGACCUACCAUCAAAGAAAAGAGGGAGUCUCUCGCCAGCAGUGGUACCUCUUCAAUGACUUCCUCAUUGAGCCGAUUGAGAAGACUGAGGCUGCACAGUUUGAUGUGAGCUGGAAAGUGCCAGCCAUCCUGUGUUACGCCAAGAGAAACUACCACACCAAAUACGACCUCCGCAGUGAGUGUCAGCACAAUCAGUCUGAAGUCAAAUCCGACUUAUAUCGGACUGAGAAGCAGAGCAAGACAGACGCCACGUUCAUCCCACUCACAGUCAGUGAGAUGCCGCAGGCUGGUGACCUGGUGGGGCUGGACGCUGAGUUUGUAAAGCUCAGUGAGGAGGAAGCAGUGCUGCAUAGUGACGGCACCAAAUCGACCAUCACGCCCAGUCAGAUGUCCGUGGCCAGGAUCACCUGUGUGAGGGGUCAGGGACCCAACGAGGGGGUCCCCUUCAUCGAUGACUACAUCUCCACUCAGGAGCAGGUGGUCGACUAUUUGACAAAAUACUCUGGAACCGAACCUGGAGACCUGGAUGCCACAGUAUCCUCUAAGCACGUGACCACGCUGAAGUCGACCUACCUGAAGCUACGCUUCCUCAUCGAUGCAGGAGUUCACUUCGUCGGCCACGGCCUGCAGAAUGACUUUCGUGUCAUUAAUUUAGUGGUUCCCAAAGAUCAAGUUAUCGACACCGUCCACCUCUUCCGAUUGCCCUACAAGAGGAUGAUUUCUCUGAAAUUCCUUGCUUGGUAUUUUCUUGGCCUCAACAUCCAAGGAGAAACCCACGACAGCACGGAGGACUCAUGCACGGCCCUGAAGCUUUACAGGAAGUACCUGGAGCUGUAUCAGGAAGGAGGGAAUCAUUACGUGACGAAGGUGCUCUACGAAGUCUACGACAAAGGCUUCCAGCUGAACUGGAAAGUCCCGGAUUCGGAUGCGAGAUAG